GGGCAACUGAGGUGUAUAUAAGAUAAGCGACGCUUUCCACUUGGAAAUCAUCUACCAACCCUCAAUCAUUUACGAUUGUCGGAGACACCAUCGCGUCCGCUUUGCUCCCCUCUCAUACUAUACCCCCUCCGCAACAGCCAUCACCUUCAACGAAGUACCCCUCGCAGAUUUCUGAUGUCCCAACACUUCGCCAAAUCAUCCUUUGCGCCGCAGUUCCCGUCGAUCGACUUGCCACAGGAUGAGGUGGAUGAGAUCGAGUGCUCAUUCCAUCCCCAUAUCGCCGUCAUAUACCUCAACGCCCGUAAAACUGUUCAUGUCGCCCGCCACUGCUGGAUACAACACGCCGAUCUGAUCGAGGCUGGGAGCAAGGAUCACCUCGAGAUGCUCUGGGAGAGCUUGGAGCACGAACGCGUGAUACUCAGGAGCAGAAUUCAACGAGCGAAGGAUUCGUGGCUUCCUGUAGUUCUUUCUCUGCCCGUGCGCAGAGCUAUUCAGGAAUAUACAAGAAAGGCGUGCGAAUUUCGUCAAUCCGUACUGGACGCUUGUGAACAUGCACGCUAUGCACAACAGGUCGAUUUGAUAUUAGAGCCGAUCCGUCCCAACGGCGUCUGCAUGCAGCACUCGGUAUCCCGCGCAGACUCCGAUUAUGCCCGACUGGACCACCUGCCAGAACUCGCAGACGACGGGGCCAUCGCUGGAAUAUUCUCGCAACUGAAGUUGGCUGAUGGCCAGGAGCCUGACACGACUGGGUUUAUCAUGGCAGAACCCGCGCGUGGUAUCGUAGCAUCGUAG